UUUCCCAGACGCUCGCGUGGAGCAGCGCGUUCCCAGGGGGGAGGAGAGGCUGGGCUCGCGACAGCCCGCAGAUCAAACUUUAGUUUUGAAGCAAAGAAAGCCACCGUAUGUUGAUUUUACCUUUGUCACUGAAGAAACUUUUCAAAAACAGCAGCUUGUGUUCGGUUAUCGGUGGAAAGUUUUUUUUUGUCUGGUGAGUUAGCGCGCGGCUGCAACUUCAGGACCACCGGCUGUCCAGUGUUCGCGUGGAGAUCCAUCAAGCAAUUUGGGUCGACGGGAUGUCGCUGUGAUAGAUGACGGAUUUAAAGUGGCUGGAGAGGAAUGCACUCGACCAGGGAUGGCCUGGCGAGUGUGGUCAAAAGUCUGCUGUGGUCAAAAAUGGCUUCUCCUCCUGUCCCCGUUCUUCCUCCUAUUCCUCACCAUUGCUGUGAUGACGACGACUCUCCCCAUUCCUUCGCCAAUCUUUAGCAUCGACCGGCGGACAUCCCGAGCCCUGAGCUCUGCCGGGGAGUUCGGAUCGAGGAGGCCCGGGAUCGCGGAGCUCCCUCCUGCCGUUGCCUUCCGGCAGCCUCUCGCUCACAUCCACAGCGGGGCCUGGAAAUCCAUCGCUGAAAAAGAGACGUCUAAACAUUUAGUGGCACCUAACCGUUUCGGAGACGCUGCUGGCGAUGACAAAAACAGCAUCAAAGAGAGGAGUCACGCAGACUGGCACAGAAAUAAACACAAAAGCAGAGGCAUCGCUCCUGAAAGGAAAGCAAUCGCAGGCGCCAGCCAGCAUCCAACCACUCGUCAUCAUCCCAAUCUCCCGGAGUUUACCGUCAACAACACAGGCCCAAAGUUUAGAAUUAAGCCAAGCAACCGCAGCUCUGUGGUAAAGCACACUGCACUGACAUACAUACGUCUGAAGCAGAGUAAAUCUACAGCAGCACGUAUAUCUGCUCCUGCAAAUACUCUGAUAGGUGACAGACAAGCUAGAGACAGACAGGCAGACAGAUGGGAGGGUAAACACACAAAUGCAGACGCACAAAUACAUGGCAGCCAUACAACUGCAGAGCUAUCUGAACAUCACCAAGCUUUGAAAAAACACAGACAGCUCUCUGGGAAAACUGACAAAGUCAAUAAGGAGCAGCAGGCUGUGAAAAAGCCUUCGGGGGAUCUGAGGAAACGUCGUAAUCUCUCAGGGGAUCCGGCUGACGCAAAGAAGGGUCCUGGGUCGCUGGAGCAAAGAAAGGCUUUGUCCAAACCAGAGGCAGCCAUGAAGAAAGAUGACAGUAACUGGAGCUUUACAGAGCAAGACUUCCCGGAGAGCAACCGCAGGAGGAUCAGGAUUAGUUCGGGUCUCCGGUCUCUCCCCUGGCUCAGCGAGGAUGACAUCCAGAAGAUGGAGCUCCUGGCUGGGGGAGAGGUGGUCAGUAAGGCCAGGGUGCCUGCACAUGGACAGGUACUUCAGGUGGCACUGGAUCCCCCUGCACACCAGCAGCAGCCUUCACAGGAAAGGGAUUCCCCUGAGCAUGGAUCUGUCCAAAGACAUCCAGAAUCCCACAGUGAGCGCUGCCAGCGGGGGCACUGCUCCCUGAUCAAACGCACUGAUGACUGGUUUGAAGUGUUUGCCUUCCACCUGGAUCGGGUCCUGGGACUCAACAGGAGCCUCCCCGCUGUGCUGAGGACUUUCACCAGUGAGAUUUUACCGUACCGGUACAUCAGGGGUGUCCCCAGGCCUGUAGUCUGGUGGGAUCCGGACAUCCAACACCUCUCUGACGGAGACAACGACCAGAACUCGAUACCCCUCAGCUGGAUCCAGUACCAGAAGCUGCUGCAGGCCCACUGUGGGAGUGAAGCAGACCCGACGUCAGCACCCUGUGUGGGAGUCCAGCACUCAGAGUGGGGCAGACUGGCUCUCUUUGACUUCUUACUGCAGGUGAAUGACCGGCUGGACAGGUACUGCUGUGGUUUCACACCUGAUCCCACGGAGCUGUGUGUGGAGAACCUUCUGCACGACAAGUGUGCAAACACCAAGGACCUGCUGCUGGUUCACAUCCUGGUGAGGAAGGCCGAUCCUUCCAGACUGGUGUUCAUCGAUAACGCCGGCCGGCCGGAGCAAUCCGAUGACAACCUGAACUUCAGGCUGGUUGAAGGCAUUGAUGAGUUUCCAGAGCGAGCCGUGUCCGUGCUGCACUCGGGCUGCCUGGAGAGUCUUCUUCUUCGCUCCCUCUACACAGACAGGGAGUUCUGGGAGAGCCAGGGGGGAGCCAGCGGUCUCAGGCCUCUGAUCCGCACCGUGGGGCACAGAGGGAAGAUUCUCCUCCAGCACAUCCGGGACAAGAAGCUACAGCUGGAGAGGGACCUCUGACUGAGCUAAACAGACCAAAUUAGAAACAAGAAAUCCAAACAUCAUCUGGGUUAAUAAACUGAUAAUCAACAUGACAUUUACAAAAUGGUGAAACUGAUUCUGAAACACAGCGGAUAAGCUUGAAAGUCGAAGAAAACACUUUUAUUAGGGCUUACACAAUUACAAUUGGUUUCAAACCCAAGUGUGCUAUUAAUAUAGCUUAAAGUUUUACUUAUAUGUUUAUAGAAAAACCAGUCAGUGAUGCUACUUUUGCCUCCAAAGGUUUUUGUUUUGUUUGUGUGUGAUGUACAGCUAAGCUCGUUGCAGACUUGUGCUUUAAACUGAACUAACUAUCUAACAUCAUGUAUCUCCAGCUAUAGCUUGCUGAUUUAAGCGUUAUGAUUACAGAUUUGUGUAAAUAUGUUUUAAAGAAGGAACUUUUUGGUUAAGGAGCGUUCAGCCGCACUCACGCAGGAUGUGAUUGUGAAGAUAUUGUGUUUUUUUUUUUUCCAUAGAUAGGAUGACUGCACCCAUCCAACUUCAACAUCGUCUUUAUUGUCCCUGAGGGGAAAUUUGUUUUGUAGCCAGAAACAACAUUACAAAAUAAUGAAAUAGAUUCAACCUAGUGAUCAUCAGGUAACUACAGAGACCUUAAAGUCCUCAAAAAGUAAAA